AUGACUCUAGGAGCCAAAAGGUCUCGCCUCAACCUGAGGCAGGGCCUCGAUCGCGAUGUAUACAUGGUUAUGAAGAAGCUCGAAGAUGCGAACGACGGCAAGCCCUUCAAGACCACAACAGCCGUCUAUGACGCUAUCAAGAGGUCAAAUUCCAGCCUCAGCCGACAAAAGAAGCGCCCCUUGGAAGAUUCAAUCGAUCGUGUACUUCAAUUCCGCAAAGAAGAGCUAGGCGACUCAAGCGACUCUGAAGCUGAACUCGAAGAACCACCCAAGCCCGACGACGACCGUUUUCUUCUCAACAGACAAAUGACGAAGCACUGGCAUCAGAACACGUCAACCGCUACGGCUGCAGAAACGGCGAAUCCACCUACCGGUGAAGCACCUCGCGCGAUCAAGAAGCGACGAGUGCAGGAAGAUGGCGAAGAGCGGGCGAAGGAUGGAGCAAUAACGCCUAAGGGUGCCAUGACGGAUACAGAUGCUGCGCCUACGGAAAAGCAAGACAAAGCACCUCUGAAGAAAACGCAAAAAACGAGCCGCCACAAGGUCGAACAUCCUUCUAGCUCGAUACACAUCGGAGGCGUGACCGAAAUCUACACAGAGCUCUGCAAACAAACACAUCACGUUUUGAAAUGGCCAGAACAGUUCGCUCUCAGCCGCUGGCGAAAGGUCCCAGGAAUCCUGCUCUCAGGCCCGCCUGGAAUUGGCAAAAAGACGCUCAUUAGAUUCCUUGCUUCGAAAAUCGACGUCCCGAUUGUGUCUCUGACAGGCUGUUUCGAAGAACCAGAGCGCCUGGAAAGAAGCUUGAACGAUGCAAUUGAGGAAGCCAUGAAAAUAGCCCCAUGCAUCAUCCUCAUCGAGCAGCUCGACUGGUACAUGCCCAAACCUGAAGGUAGCAGCCAUAGUGAAGGCCAUCGCCGCAAUGUUAUACAGUUCAUGAGACAGAUGCAGCGCAUAGCAACUGAGCAAGACAAGGACAGACACAUUUUAGCCAUGGCGACAACAUCGCGAAUCACAGAUGUCGACCCAACAGUCCUCAAAACUGGCCUUUUCGAACGUACGCUCCAGAUGCGGAUCCCAGAUCUUGGGGCCCGUCAGGAUAUCCUCAAGCUCGUUACCAGGGACAAGGACCUGUCAGAGAGUGUCGACUUCGCAGAGCUGGCCAAGAUUACACAUGGUUUCGUCGGCGCUGACAUUAUUAACGUCGCGACACUCGCACAGCAAAUUGCAUCUGAACGCCUUUUGGACGUUGCCCAAUAUAACAAACACCUUGAAUAUCCAUCUCCAUUGUCAUCUGACUUGCCCGAUCUGAUGGAACUUGCGGACGAACAACUUCCUACUCUCUUUCCUGAGCCUCAGAAUACACCCCUGACCCAAGAAGAUUUCAAAAAAGCCAUCAAAAGUUUCACCCCCUCCCUACGAAAAGAAGGCUUCACUGUCAUCCCCAACGUCUCCUGGGAGCAGGUCGGUGCUCUCCAGGCUGCCCGCGACCAGCUCAAUAUGUCAAUCAUCGGACCAAUCAAAGACCCCGAGCUCUACCGGCGUGCUGGUCUUGCUCGUCCAGCUGGCUGCCUUCUUUGGGGACCUCCCGGUUGUGGUAAAACCCUCGUCGCCCAAGCCGUCGCCAACGAAGCACAGGCAAGCUUCAUCCUUAUCAACGGGCCGGAACUUCUCAAUAAGUAUGUCGGUGAAUCAGAGCGCGCAGUGCGUGAGCUAUUCAACCGGGCGCGCUCAUCAACUCCGUGUAUUCUCUUUUUCGAUGAAAUGGAUUCUCUUGUGCCGAAGCGUGACAACGCUUCCACAGAGGCAGGCACUCGCGUUGUCAAUGCUCUUCUCACCGAGCUCGAUGGUGUUCAAGAUCGCACAGGUGUAUAUGUUAUCGGCACAACCAAUAGACCAGAUAUGAUCGACCCGGCCAUGCUUCGACCCGGCCGUCUCAAUGUGCGCCUUUUCAUCGACCUACCUACCCCUGACGAGAGGGUCGAUAUCCUCCGAGCCAUCUAUCGCACAAAUCACCCCGACGCAACAGCCGAGGAAUUUGACCGCCUCGAGCCUGUUGCUCGAGAUCCCCGUUGCACUGACUUUAGCGGUGCUGAUCUAGGUGGGCUGCAUGUGAAGGCUGCCGAAAGUGCCCUUCGACGAUGCCUUCAAGGGGCCAAACCAGAAGCUGAGAUCGAUGGGGUGGAUUGGGAGCAUGCUCUUUCCACCACCUAUAGAAGUGUGCAGAAUCCUGAGACUUACCGAAAACUUGAGGUGAAGUUAGGGAAAUCUUAG